AUGCAACUCCCAGACCCAGCCGCCGUAACCGUCGCCCGCGGCUUCGCGCCAUUUACGCUAAAACCCCUCGUCCACGACCUGCUGCGCACGCGCUACGCUGUGCCCGGCUCCAUCUACCUGGUCGAGGACGUCCGGAUUGCGCCUCUUCCCAGCAAUGACCGAUGGCAGCUCAUCCGCCUUCUCCUCGGCGACGGCGAGUUUUGCAUCCAGGCCCUUCUGACCGAGGAGAUGCACCGAUUUGUGCACACCCUUGAGAUUACCGUCGGCUGCUAUGUCCGCCUGGACGACGCUGAGCUGCAGUGGGAGAAGGUUGACGGCGAGGGAGGCGCCGGGCCACAGAACAUGGUGUACUUGGUGGUGAAGGAUUUGCGCACCGUCGGGUGGAAUCGCAGCGUGCAAAAGCUGCAUGAACAACAGGGGCAAAGGCCGUCACCGCAGCAGCAGGACGAAGCCGUGAAUGCUGAGCACGAGGGACCCGUGCUGGACAAGACAAGGGGCAAGAUGCCGAUGAAUAGGACCCCGUCACCACCUCGGGCAGUCAAGACGCCCACCAAGCCUCAGUCUCUCAAGAGACGCCGCCAGGACAGAGAAGACACCUCCCAAGACUCGAAAAUGGACGACGCAUUCCAGGGCCUAGACGCGCUGCUGUUUCCCCCCAAAAAGACGCAAAAGUCGCCUCUGAAACCGGCUCCGAAACCCAAGCCCAAAGAGCAGCCCGCGCAGCCGGUUGCUCUCCCCCGAGAUUGGCACAACCCACAAACGCCCCUUAAACUCACCACUCUGCGCGCCAUCCCCAGCCUACCCUACCAGCAAAACUGGUCUUGCAACGUGCUCGCCAUCGUCGCGUCCGUCUCCCCCGUAGAAUCGUCCAACCUACCGCCCUACAGACAGCGCACGGCUCGCAUCACGGAUCCUUCCACGGCAAAGCAAGUCCACCUGACUGUGUUCCUGGACCCCGACAAGUUCGAUCCCAAAGUCGGCAGCGCGGUGCUUUUGACGGGCGUUAAAAACCACAGAUUUGAUGGGGGGAGCCUGAAAAAGUACGCGAGCGAUAGGGGCCAUGGAAGAUGGUGGUUUGAGGAUCCGUGGGAGUUGACUUGGUGUGAUGUCAAGGGGAUCAAGGAUUGGUGGGCAGAGAUGGAAGUCUACUUUGCGAGCCAGGUGUCGGACGAGAUGACGGUCUUGUAG